UUAGUCUCUAACAAGCAACAUGUCGCUCAUUAAUCCGCAGUUCGAUUCAUACAUACGCUGUGAUUUGUUUUAUUCAUAAAAAAUACAAUCGUGUUCGUGUUCCAUGAUUAUGGAAUCGAAUAAUUUUGUGACAGUGUUUAAUAGUGACAUUCAAACGAUAUAGUUUAAUACAAGGUGAGCCAGCAUGGAGCAGUUUGAGCAGCUGCUUACGUGCUGCGUGUGCUUGGACCGAUACCGAAAUCCAAAAUUGCUGCCAUGUCAACACUCAUUCUGUAUGGAACCAUGCAUGGACGGUCUGGUAGAUUAUGUUCGAAGACAGGUCAAAUGUCCAGAAUGCCGUGCGGAACAUCGAAUACCAUACCAGGGAGUUCAAGGUUUUCCAACAAAUGUAACCCUACAGCGGUUUCUAGAACUACACAUAGAAAUCACUGGCGAACUACCGGAUCCCACAUCAGGUCAAAUAAUGGAAAGAUGUACCGUCUGUUCAGAAAAAUCUUAUUGCACUUUGUGCAGUCAUUGCGAGAAAAAGACCUGUGCCGAAUGCAAAUCCGCUCACAUGGAUAUUUUGCGACGGGAAAUAGCUCGCAUCAACAACCAAAUCCGCCGUGGGGUUCAUAGAUUACAAGAUGCACUCGCAAUUGUUGAGAAAAAUUCUUUAAAUCUCCAAACAAAUUGCUUAUCCGUAUCUGAAGAAAUAGAUGUAAUUUUUAGGAGAUUGAACAAGGCAUUGAAAGAUCGUACAGAUUCACUUCGCAUGGAAGUAGAUAGGUAUCUAGGCACAGAAAUGCAAUGUCUGACAACAUUGAAAGAUAAUUUAGAACUUGAAAUCGCUAAUAUACAAAGCAAUUGUGAUUUAGCGGAUAAGUACAUGACUGAAAAUGUAGACUGGGAAGAUAGCGAACUUAUGGACGCUAAAGAAAUUUUUCUAAAAACUGUAGAUUUUAUUAGAAAUUUCGAAUAUGAAACUGGUGAUUAUGCACGUAGGGUACGAUUUAUUAUGUCAAUGGACCCCAAUCAAUUAGUUAUGCAUGUCGGAACAUACGGCGAAUUGAAUAUGUCAUCUGGUCACGCUGGUGGUAUAACUGGUUCUAGCAGUGCAAUGCUUCAACCACCCAGCGGAGGGCCUGGUUUGAUGCGUUCUAAGAGUGAUCACCGUCUUGCUAGUCAAUAUAGGCAAGAUGAAGGUAGAAACUAUGGUCGAGGUGGAUACGAAGAGGGAGAUCAAGAGCCACCGCUCGCUGGGCGCAAAUUUGGAGAACGGCCGGCGGCUAGGCAAGACACUGGAAGAUAUGGCAGAGGCGGCGAUUACGAUUACGAUUACGAGGAAUCAAAUCGACCUACCCGAUCAAGAUUUAGAUCACGAUUCGUUCGCAAUCAACAAGACAACGACUCUGACAAUGAACAGAGUAGUAGAAAUGUUAGAUUUACCGAACCUCCUCCAAAAGAACGAGAAAGGGUCUUAGAUACUGAAGAUGUAUCUAGGGGGCCUUUAAGUGGCAUCUUUAGACUAACAGAUUCACCCAGAGUAAUGAAAAAAUUACAAGAAACUGAACAAAGAGGCAAAAAGAAAGACAAAGAGCCACCUCCACCAGUACAAGUUCAACAAAAAACCCAACCUCCAAAAAGAACACCUGCUGCUGCAGCUAGACAAAUAAGUGAGGAAGAUGAAAUUAGCAAACUCAAGCGUCAAAACAAGGGUGCUACGAGUUCGACAGAUGCGUCAGAUACACGUCCAGCAUCAGAACGUGUAGCUGCUCUAAAACGAGGAGGCGAUGAUAGUGAUGAUAGUAGGAACUCAUCUACUGGAUCUCCAACUAGGAAGACGCCCCAGACUGAGGCGGCUACAAGUGAAGAAGAAUCUGAUGAAUCCGUAAGUUCACCGCAAACUCAACGCAAAGCUGCAACUGCCAAUAAGGUCUCAACAGCAGUCACAACUCCUAGAAAACUCUCUGAUUCACAUAAAUUGGCUACGAGAUCAGGAAGUUCUGAUUCUAGUACGUCUUCAGAUAGCUCUGGAUCCGGUUCUUCAUCUGGAGUACGUAAUACUGGGGCGGCAUAUACUACCGACGAAGUUAAGCAAAAGAUUUUAUCACGUACAAAUGCCGAUACAAGUGAUGUUCCUCGAAGCAGAUUAUCUUCCACUGGUUCAACAUCUGAGAAGAAAGAAACAACUACUCCAGCAAGAGCUCCUUUUCAGAGCCGAUUCCUUAAUAGGACGACAGUUCCACCACCGCCAGUAGAAAAACCUAAAGAGGAAGAAACAGAAGAAACUGAAACAAGCUCAGAAGAAGAAACAGAAGAAUCUUCAGAAGAAUCGGAAGAAGAUCAACCAAAAAAAGACACAGCUGAUAUGUCAAAAACUGACAUUGGGCCUUUGCUUGCCCGUAGUUCACAAGCUCGUGAAACAGCAGAAUCUAGACGAAAUAGUAGAGAUGAAGCUCCCUACGGGCGAACAAAUUCCGGUUCAUAUAAAUCCUCGUACAGUCCUGAAGAAUCUCCGAGUAGAUAUACACGAACGAGGCCCAAGCCUCCGGAGGAAGAAUCGACGUCUAGAUAUACUAGAACUCGACCGAAUACGGUUGACGAAGAACCUUACAGUAGAUAUGGACGUACGAGACCAACCGCAGUUGAAGAUGAGCCAACAUCACGUUAUGGUGGUUAUACAAGUCGUUUUUUAAAUAAAAGCAAAAGCACAGCGGCUGUGCCACCAGAUGAUGAUGAUAAAAGCCCCACUGAUGAUGAUAGCAAGUAUUCGAGUGGGCGAUCAAGAUAUAUGGCUUUGAAAGAUCGUCGAAAUCGUUUAGCCAGAAGUAAAAGCAGUCACACAUUUGGUGACGAUGACGAUCUUGAUGAACCAAUGUCUCCGACAACAACAUCACCUUCGGCAUACCUUGCAUCUCGUUACGGUUCAUCAUUAACUGGUGGAAGUGAUUUAGCGCGUAGCAGAUCUUCGCAUACGCUUAAAUCACGAGAAACCUCGCCUGAAAGACCAUCUGCGGCAGGAGGUGUUGAUAAGGAUGGCGCAGCUCUGAGUUCAUGGGCUCGUUAUCUGAAGAAUAAAUACGGAAAUCGAGGAGCCAAAGAAACAAAAGAUAGUACACUAGGAACGUCUACAAGUUUAUCUCCAUCUAGUAGUAGUUCUGCAGCGCGGCGUUUAUCUUUGGGAUUGCCACUUAGAGCAGCAAACGAGCACGGGAGUUCUGAUGACGAUUCAAAAAACGUGCAAGGCUCCCCCAUCUCCCCUACAGCAGCUACGGCAGCAGCCGGUAUCGCGGCGGUAGUAGGUUUUACCCCUAGAGGGCAAUAUCUACAGAAACGUCGUCAGUUGUUUCAAGUGGGGAGCCGGGGGAGCGAGCCCGGAUAUUUCACCUGGCCGCGCGGCAUUGCCGUCGGCCCUGAUAACACAAUAGUCGUCGCCGACUCGUCGAACCAUCGAGUUCAGGUGUUCAGUGCGACCGGCGAAUUUCUCAAGGAAUUUGGAGCUUAUGGAAAUGGAGAAGGAGAAUUCGAUUGUCUUGCUGGAGUCGCCGUCAAUAGAAUCGGACAGUACAUCAUAGCCGAUAGAUAUAACCAUAGAAUUCAGGUAUUAGACCCUUCAGGCAGAUUUUUGCGAGCAUUUGGUAGUCAAGGUACCUCAGAUGGAAAGUUCAACUAUCCGUGGGGUAUCACAACAGAUGCACUGGGAUUUAUCUACGUGUGUGAUAAGGAAAACCAUCGCGUUCAGGUUUUCCAGUCAGAUGGAACCUUUGUUGGUAAAUUUGGCAGUUGCGGAAGUAAACCUGGACAGUUGGAGCAUCCGCACUACAUCGCCGUUUCGAAUACAAACCGAGUCAUCGUCAGUGAUUCGAACAACCAUCGAAUCCAAAUAUUCGACGUAAACGGACGCGUCUUAACCGCUUUCGGCACAGAAGGAUGCGACGAAGGACAAUUCAAAUUUCCCAGGGGUGUGGCAGUGGAUGACCAAGGAUACAUUUUUGUAGCAGAUUCUGGUAAUAACAGAAUACAAAUCUUCCAUCCUGAUGGCAGUUUCCUGCGUUCCCUUGGAUGCUGGGGAAGCGGUGAUGCAGAAUUUAAGGGAUUGGAGGGUGUUGCUGUCACAUCUAAUGGAAAUAUCCUAGUCUGCGAUCGUGAAAAUCAUAGGGUCCAGGUCUUCUAAUAAAUUUACAGGUCAUGUGGAAUGCACAGGAAUAUAUAAUCAAGAAUCAAGAAUAUAAUCAGAAUAAAAUGAUUCCCUACAUGAUUAUUUCAACGUAAAUUUUUAUUUUGCUCCGCAUUUACAUUUUGUCCGAAAAUUUUU